UCCACCCCUUCACUUCUUAUAUCUCUUGAGCUCUAUUCUCUCUUCCAUCCUUGCCUCCUUCAUUUCAACAUGGCCGACGACGAUGACAUGUUCCCUGAAUUCCCAGCUGACCUCAAGAUAGAAAACAUUGAGUUCGCUCUUAAAUCACAGCCUCUAACGGUGCAGAAUCCUCCGGAAACUGGUAUUAUUCAGUCAUACGGUUCAAUUGAACCUCCACCUGAUUUCGUCAGACCUGAUGACGAUGAAGAAAUUGAAGAUGAUGAAGAUCCAGACGACGAAGAUGCUUUCUCCAACAAUUCUUCUGAUGAUGAUUCUGAUGACUCAGACGAAAAGUCUGUGAAUGAAGAUACAGAAUUGGAGGACGCAAAAACUACUGCACAAGAUGAUCAGCUCAUUCGUCAGCAGUUAUACAACCUUCUUCGACUCCUCCAAUUCCUUGACUCCCUGAAAGGGCUUUGAGUCCAACUGGUUGGUGAUGGAGAGAAGUACGAAAAAAAACCUUUGCUGUUGCGGUUAUGUAGCAAGGGAAAAAGAAAGAUUGUGUUUCUCUCAGUUUUGUUUGCUUCAAGAUUUGUAUGUUGUCACAGAGAAGAGAUUCAUCUCCUUUGACUUUCAUUUAUUGUUUUGAUUUUCAAGUUUCAAGCUGUUGUUUCUGAGCCUGGAAAAGGCAUAUCUUCAACCUAAUAAAACUUCCUUUCAUAU